UAUAGCUAUGGAGGGCAUCUACGAUCUUUCUCUUUCCCGCUUUCAGCAGCCGGAUUCGAGUGCACAUCCGCCAUCACCAUGGCGCAGGCGAAGACCGUGAAGGAUGUGUCUUCCCAUGAAUUCGUGCGCAAUUACGCUGCCCAUCUCAAGCGCUCCGGCAAGAUUGAGGUUCCCGUCUGGGCCGAUCUUGUAAAGACCGCUACAUUUAAGGAGUUGGCACCUUAUGAUGCUGACUGGUAUUACAUCCGAGCUGCCUCUAUGGCGCGGAAGAUUUACCUCAGGCAAGGUGUUGGAGUUGGUGCUUUCCGCAAGAUAUAUGGUGGCCGUAAGAGCAAUGGUGUCAGACCCUCACAUUUUGCCAAGAGCAGUGGGUCUAUCGCCAGGCAUUGUCUGAAGCAGCUUGAGGCUCUCGAUAUUGUGGAGAAGGAUCCCCAGGGAGGGAGACGUAUUACCUCCAACGGGCAGCGAGAUUUGGAUCAGGUUGCUGGACGUAUUGCAGUUGCUGCCGCCUAGAUGCCCCAACGCUAUGAAAUUGGAAGUCAGCUUCGAGGAUUUUAUGUUUUGCUCCUUCCCAAGGACAAUUCCAUUCACUGAAUUGAUUGAGAUUCUGUGUAUUUUAAGAUGUUUGACAACUUGAAAUGCUCGAGACGCACAGCAUGACCACUCGCUCAUUACCUAACCCUUCUUGUGUUAA